GCUACCUGCCCCGGCUCUUGCAGUAUAUAUAUGAAGCUUGGAAGCUAAGACCCGAAUUGGAUAGCGCAGACUUGCGUGAUCUUGAGGGUCACUUACGCAGAUGUUUGGAGUUGAAGCUGAGCAUGUGGACGCACGAGAUCCUGGCAAUAAGCAAUACCGAUGCAGUGAGACGAAUGGUGAGGUUGUGCUUGACAGGCGACGCCGCAGACAUGGGGUUUAUGGAGACAAAGGAGUGCACGUAUGGCUACGUCACCUGGAAGCGGUGUGGAAGCAGCGGAUAUACGUUCCAUUAGCCAAGCUUGUUGCUGGUGGGGCUUGCCAAGGAACUGAGGGUGCAUCGAUAUCUCACUCUUUCGGAUAUUAGCGCGUUGACGAGUGAUAACUUUGAGCUGCCUCUUUUGGACAUGAUUCACGCGCGAAUGAGGCUUCAUGCAGGAAGUGAAUGCCUUCUUUCAGAUCUCUUCCGCAGGGCAUGUGGCUCGAAUAAGGCAAUGACAGCGAAGAUGCAGAUCGCAUCUAAGAUCGUUUUUGGGGACGAAGCUGCACAGUUUUACGUGCUGAACAGGAGUAAAAACGGCUUCGAGCACUCGGGUGAUGAAGGCAUGGUGCUCCAAUGUGGUACUGACUUUCAGCGUCCAUUUGGCAACAGUGAACAAUCUGUGAUUACAAAAACGCACACGAACUCUCUGGGCAUUGACAUGAGGGUGUUUGCAAGACAUGGAGGCACGCUUUUGCGACAUGAUGGGGCUGAUUUUGUUUCUUUUGCAGACAGCGAAAUUGAAAUAUGGGCCCAGGCGAAAGGCAGGACAUCCCCUCUAGGCUGGAGCCAAGUAAUUGAGUGCAUUAAAGUGUGCUUCCAAGAAUGUUUCAACCUCGAACCAGGUGUGAAGAAGUUCUGUGUGGUCUUUAGUCUGCACGGUUUCACAUUCGAGAAAGUGGAUCUCUAUACACUUUUCAAGGAGGAGGGGAUCAGAAUGGGAGACACAGCCAAGUUCAGCAAGAUGUAUGAACACACUCUCCUCGUUGAUCAAACUGGCUUGAAUGUUUUCAUGCCGGAUGUCAUGCAGCGACACUAUAAUUAUUAAGACUACA